AUGCUACCAAGUGCCACGGCGACAAACACGUACUCGUAUUGUCCUGGCAGUGGCGCCGCGGCUGGGGGUCUAGGGUUUAGCCGGGCGGCAAUAAUUGGGAGGCCGAGAGGAGAAUCGAAUCGAUACUCCCGGCCCCGGACGACCUGCUUGGCUGCGCGCGUCUCGAUACCACCUACCUCGUCGCCGUCAGAGCCUCUUCCCACGCGCCGCUCCCCUGUCCCCGCGCCCGCCGCAGCCGCUGCCGCCCCCUGCCGGGACGAGAUGGAGGUCGCCGCCGCCGCCGCCGCCGUCGCCGUCCCGAGGCACAAGGUGAAGAAGCAGAUUAACCUCUUCUACUGCGCCGAGUGCGAGGAGCUCGCCCUCAAGGUCGCCGCCGCCUCCGACGCCAUCCAGCUCCAGUCCAUCAACUGGAGGAACUUCCCGGACGGGUUCCCGAACCUCUUCAUCAACAACGCGCACGACAUCCGGGGGCAGCACGUGGCCUUCCUCGCCUCCUUCAGCUCGCCGGCGAUCAUCUUCGAGCAGAUCUCCGUCAUCUUCGCGCUGCCCAAGCUCUUCAUCGCCUCCUUCACGCUCGUGCUGCCCUUCUUCCCCACGGGCACCUUCGAGCGCGUCGAGGAGGAGGGCGACGUCGCCACCGCAUUCACGCUCGCGCGCAUCCUCUCCAUGAUCCCCAAGUCGCGCGGCGGGCCCACCAGCGUCGUCAUCUACGACAUCCACGCGCUCCAGGAGAGGUUCUACUUCGGGGACGACGUCCUGCCCUGCUUCGAGACCGGCAUACCACUCCUGCUGCAGCGCCUCAGCCAGCUCCCCGACGCCGACAAUGUCACCAUUGCCUUCCCAGAUGAUGGGGCGUGGAAGCGCUUCCACAAGUCGUUGGCCAACUUCCCGGUGGUUGUCUGUGCGAAGGUCCGUGAAGGCGACAAGAGGAUAGUCCGGAUUAAAGAAGGGAACCCUGAAGGGCGACAUGUCGUUAUUGUUGAUGAUUUAGUGCAAUCUGGUGGAACUCUUAGAGAGUGCCAGAAAGUUCUGGCUGCUCAUGGUGCUACAAAAGUUAGCGCCUAUGUAACUCAUGCUGUGUUCCCCAAUCAGUCAUAUGAACGCUUCAUGACUGCUAAUUCUGCUGGGCCAGGUGACCAGUUUGCUUACUUCUGGAUCACGGAUUCGUGCCCUCAGACGGUGAAAGCCAUCAGCCAACAAUCUCCAUUUGAGGUGUUGAGCCUUGCUAGCUCUAUCGCUGAUGCCCUUCAGAUAUGA